CUGAAUUGAAUAACAGAGGGCAGCACCAGACAGAUGGUCGAGUCACCUACCGGCUCCAGCUCAUAAGUACCGGCUCCUGAGAAUUUGUUCCCAGAAUGUAUUCAGUCCCUUGAACGAACGAUUCACUUCAAUUGGUACUUUUUUGCGCAGCAUUAAAUCGAACAUGCCGACCUACAAGGUGAUUUACUUUCCGGUGAAGGCCCUAGCCGAGCCAAUCCGCUUCCUCCUCAGCUACGGUGGCGUUGACUUCCAGGAUGAACGAUUUGACAGGGCUAACUGGCCCACCAUCAAGCCCACGAUGCCUUUCGGUCAAACACCAGUACUGGAGGUUGAUGGAAAGAAAAUCCACCAGUCCACCGCGAUCUGUCGUUACUUGGCCAAACAAUUUGGUCUAGCGGGGAAAGACGACUGGGAAAACCUUGAAAUUGACGCCGCAGUCGAUACCAUUCACGAUUUACGUCUCAAAAUCGGUGCAUACUCUUACGAGACCAAUGAGGCAGCUAAGGAGCAGAAACGUGGACCCCUCUUCGAUGAAGUUGUUCCGUUCUACCUCGAGCGUCUGGACGCCCAAGUUAAGAAAAACGGUGGCUACUUUGUCAAUGGCAAGCUCACAUUGGCAGACAUCGUCUUCGCUGGUCUUCUCGAUUACCUGAACUUCAUGGCUAAAUUCAAUCUCAUCGAGAAGUACGAAAACCUCAAGGCCCUCAAUGAAAAAGUGCUCGCGGUUCCGCAGAUCAAAGCGUGGGUGGACAAACGCCCAGUCACAGAGUGCUACUCAGUAUUUGCCAUCAUAACUGAACAUAUAUCCAGUCGUUGCUGGUUAUUUCAAGUGGAAGGAGUGCCUUCUCUCGUCGACAAGCCGGUGCUUCCAUUCUAUUUUUCACUCUUCAACAGUGUUGGAACGACACUCAGGAAAAUGACUUACAAGCUGACAUACUUCAACAUCACGGGGUUGGCCGAACCCAUCAGACUCCUGUUGAAUUACGGUGGAAUUAAGUUCGAGGACCGACGAUUGAGCUUCGAAGAUUGGCCGAAGUACAAGCCCGAGAUGCCAAUGGGCCAGAUGCCGCUGCUGGAAAUUGGCGAGAAAAAAUAUCACCAGUCGAAAUCGAUUCUGCGUUAUCUCAGUAAGAAAUUUGGCCUUUAUGGAUCGAACGACGAAGAGGCCUAUCAGAUCGACGCUGCCAUGGACGACAUGGAUGAUAUGCGAGUUGCCGUAUCCACCUGGUACUGGGAGAAAGACGAAGCGGCUAAAGCAAAGCUCAAGGAAAAUGCGAUGAAUAAGAUGUCCUUUACUCUCGGUAAAUUCGAGGAACAACUUGGGAAGAAUAACGGCUACUUCGUGAAUGGCAAAAUAUCUUGCGCGGAUAUACUCUACACGGCAUACACGGAUUAUAUCUCUGGAACACUGGGACACGACCUCAAUAAGGAUCAUCCAUUACUGAAGAAACUCGUUGAAACAGUCACCCAGCUCCCAAAAAUCAAGGCGUACUUGGACAAGCGUCCGAAAACUAUGAUUUAAAGAAGAUGAUUGUUCUCUUAGAUUGAAAAAUUUUUCAUUUAAUAUUGUACUUGAAUUGUUCCUGUUUAUUCGAUAAUAAUUAAUGAUUUGCAUGAGA